ACAUUACUUGACUUCUAUAAACCGAAACCGCUAGAUGACGAAGAGCGAGAGCCAAAACGAUUGAAGCCAUUGAAGGAAACGGAAUCAGAUGCUAUUCCAAGUACAUCUGGAUCUAAUUCGCAGGAACAAGAUUUGUUAUCGUACGAUAUAGGACUCGCGGUAGAUAAAAAAAUGUUGAACGAUAAUGAAAGACUGAAAUUUCUGAAAGAAACAUGGAAACCUGAUCGUAACUAUGUAUUUCCAUGUCAGCAAGAAGGCAAGCAGGUUAGAAAAUUUUGCUACGGUUGGUUCGAACGAUUUAACUGGCUAUCUUACAGUCAAUACAAAAGUGGAGCCUUCUGCAAAAUGUGUGUACUAUUUGCACCAAUGGGUGCUGGAGUUGGAUGUCAGCCUCUUAAAACGUUGGUGAAUCAACCGCUCACAAAAUUCAAAAAAGCUUUGGAUAUGCUGCAUCAUCAUGAAAGCAGUCAAUAUCACAAAUUUUCGGUUCAGAAGUCUGCCGGAUUUUCUAUAGUU